AUGCAUAGCAUCGCGAAGAAAGUAGCAGACCAGGCAUCUAAGAAACCUACUCUCUCCAAGUCAGAAUUUGGAUCCUUGUUAAUUGCAUCAUUAAAGUCAAGACGUGGUAGCAGGGUGGCCCUCAGUAAGAAACAAAUAUCAAAGAAAGUUACUCGUCCUCCAAGUAAGGUGACCAGGAAAGGUGUUAGGUCUAGAAAGUUGGUUCGGGGUAAAAGUGCACGCAAACCACAUUAUAAAAGGUCCGGGAAGAAGUCAGAACCGUCUACUGCUAUCUGUCCUGAGUUGAAUGACAAGAAUCCUAAGAAGGAGACUGCCAAGAGAAAAUUCAAAAGGAGAAGGAUAGAUGGAAGGCUAAGGAAUAAUGUAGAGCUAGAUGAACCAUCACGGUUGCAGAGGAGAACAAGAUACUUGAUGAUUAAAAUGAAGAUGGAGCAGAACCUUAUAGAUGCUUACUCUGGUGAAGGAUGGAAAGGCCAAAGUCGAGAGAAGAUCAGGCCAGAGAAUGAACUACUAAGAGCAAAAAAACAGAUUUUGAAGUGCAAACUUGGAAUACGGGAUGCAAUCCACCAACUUGAUUUGCUUAGUGCAGUUGGAUGUAUUGAAGACUCAGUUAUGGCCCCAGAUGGAUCAGUAUCCCAUGAACAUAUCUUCUGUGCAAAGUGCAAAUCAAAUGACGUGGUCCCGGAUAACGACAUUAUACUCUGUGAUGGGACAUGCAAUUGUGCCUUCCAUCAAAUGUGCCUUGAACCUCCACUUCACACCGAAAACAUACCCCCUGGAGACCAAGGAUGGUUCUGCAAGUUCUGCGAAUGUAGAAUGGAAAUCAUGGACUCAAUGAAUGCACACCUUGGAACCCAAUACUCAACGAGUUGCGAAUGGCAGGAUCUUUUCGAGGAAGAGGCAGCAGCUCCUGAUGGUGGGAACAUUUUAAUUCUUGAAGAGGAAUGGCCCUCGGAUGACACUGAGGAUGAAAAUUAUGAUCCAGAAAGGAGGGAAAAUAGCAUGAAUGGUGCAGGAACGGAUAAUGAUGAGUCGGAUAUUGCUAGCAGCUCCACUAGCUUGGGUUGGUCUUCAGAUGAUGAAGCUGUUUCUGGAUCCAGAAGAUGGGAUGUGGAGGGAAAAGAAUUCAGAAACCAGUCAAUAUAUAGUAGCUUAGAUUCUGAUGAAUCUAGUGAUGUUGAAAUCAUGAGCGGCCGCAGAAAGCGCAGAGCAGUUGAUUAUCGGAAAUUGUAUGACGAAAUGUUUGGAAAAGAUGCUCCUUUAGCUGACCAACUCAGUGAAGAUGAAGACUGGGGUCCUAGCAAGAGGAAAAAGAAGGAAAAGGAGUCAGAUGCUGCAAGCACGCUUAUGACUCUCUACAAACGUAAAAAACAAGCAAAAAAGGAUGAGACUUUGGAAGGAAAAAAGGACCUUCCUAAAGAAUCUCGAGUUCGAAGGGCACUAUCGAGAAUUCCACCUAGUGCAGUUGAGAAAUUAAGGCGGGUUUUUGAGGAAAAUGAACUUCCCUGUGGAACAGUUAAACAUAAGCUUUCAGAAGAGCUAGGUCUUGAACCUGGAAAGGUCAGCAAAUGGUUCAAGAACGCAAGGUACCUGGCAUUGAGAUCCAGAAAGUGCAGUGAUUUCAACCCUAAGCUGUCUGGUGAAGCAACAGAAAACGAAAAUAAGAGUGGAGGCGCUGAAGUUUCAGAUGCCGUAACUGAAGUCGGGCUACAGACAAAAAGGACUUCAAAAGAUGUAUUCGCAAAGAAGAAGCUAAGAUCUAAUUGCGGGCUGAAGGAAAAUGAUCCAAAAGAAGUUUCCCUUGAAUCACAGGCAGGAAAUAGUGAGAUGGAAGCCCAAAAGGGUGAUGAUCCGAGCUUGAAGACUCUGCUAGAAGAAAAAUCAAGUGCAGGGAAGAAGCAUUCCUACUCAAAAUAUUCGGAGUCCCCGUCUCAUCAACUUGCCGAGAGUGAGAUGGAUAGACUUUGUAGAGCCAAAGACACCCUAGAGAACAUGAGGCAGUUUCUGGGGAGUCUACCAAUAAGCAAACGUAGGAGGUCCAAGGCGCUUGUUCUUCGAGAGAGGGUGGUUUAUGUGCCUACUGCUGGGCUAAAGGAGAAGAUUACGACAGUUGGAUAA